AUGUCAGAAAGGCAGCUGGUUCGGAUGAACAUCGUCGGAGAAGCCAUGACUCUCGGCACGGUCGUGGAAGAACAACUUGAGAAGGUGGAGGAGGACGGGGUUGAUCCUAAGAUGGUUGUAGAUGGUCCUACUCUUACCAAGGAACAUAAGUAUGUCAGGAUUGCAGUUAUCCAGCCACAUGAGGGCGCCAACUUGGAGAGCGCAGACGUCGAAAAACAGCUCCAAGAAGACAACGGCUCCAAGUGUAGGGCUUUGCCCUACAGGGAGAGGAGAUCAGGCCAGAAACAUUCGGGUGGGCAAAUACACCCGGUCGGCAGCGCUGGUGGCAGAAAUAGAUUGGACAGACACGCCGAGUUGCGGGGGAAAUCCAAGUUGUGA